AGGACGAAAAUUUUCAUCGGCUUUUCUUUUUGAGUUGAUCAACUAGGAGAACCAAAAGUGGUACUAUCAACAUCAUCAGAACAAUCUUUAUCUUUCAACGCUAGCUACAAUACCUCUACAUCAAGAAAGUUGAACUAGGAGUGCGUCUUCUACGUGCUGCUGACUCAAAGCUCGAGAAAAAAAUGGCGUACUUCCGGCAGAUCAUUGCGGCCUUGAUUUGCGCUUCGAUGACGUUGUUGAUGCUCAAUUCGGUACCGACUGAAGCUGCGAGUUUCAUCUCAUCGUUGUGCGGAUGCAAGAGGCGCUUGACCGAAGCAGAUGAUCACAGCACGUCCCCAUCUACAAAAGACACAACAGAGUUGAAGACCAGCGGGACGACUACUGCUGACCUCCACGAUGAAAUCUCACAGCACGAUGCCCCCCUGCUAGAGAAGGAGGAUCCUGUCGCUGUCGCGGAGGAGAUUCACCGUGCUGCUUCUGGGUCUUGCUGGAAGUCAAUUAGUGGCUCUGGACCUGGGUCAGCCUCGAUUGAUGAACCAGAACCUCGUCAUGAAAACUUUGAGAAUCACGACGCCAAGAACUACAAGAAGGAACAGAUCGACACAAGGAUGAAGGACAAAGCCGUGGCGCAACAAUUGAAAGAACUGGAAGAAGCAAAUCGAGAGACCAGAAAGAAGCUCGUCGACCUUUCUGACGAGGCUCGACGAUGGCUAGUGGAAUCGGCAGACUGGCCAAUCUUCUCCUACAGUUGGAAUCCGUGGGAGGCACUAUCGGAGCUGAAGCGGGUCAGAAAGGAAUACGGGCGACGCGUUAGGAACAUGGAAAAUCUUUAUCUUGGGGGACUUGGAUCUGAGCUGGUCAGGAGAACAUACGAGAGGAAUAAUCGCUUUUAUUGAUAUGCAAGAAUAGCGAAGGUGUUCGACAUAGCUAGUUGGGGUGUGUACUAUAUUUCGCUGACUAUCGGUCUCCCACUUCCCUUCUCUCCAGUAUUCCGUAUUCUAUUCGUAUUCGUGGGGGCUGCGCAUCCUACACGCAGCGUAUGUGAUUGGCCAUCACAUACGGCAUUCAUAUUCUAUUCGUACUCGUAUUCACCCUAUUCCUAUUCAAGGAUUCAGUACUCUCCUCUCUUCUCUUCUUUUCCCACCCUCUCCUCCCUCGUCUCAUGACACACUAGCUCGCCAGCGGGUCCAAUCGCACGCAUUAUGCGUCUGGCUUUCUUAUUCUCACAACUCAUGUCUGAUUCGUGGUUCAAAACGAUUGGAUUCCGCUAGUGGGCUAGUCUGUCAUGUUGACAGAUUUAGCAAAAUAGUACUCACCCUUUGUAGUCUGCACCUUCAAGCAUGCGCCUCAAGCUUGAUGGAUCAUGCAUGCGGCUGACCGCCCUGGGCGAAGCAAUGGAAAAGUGGGACAAAACGAAGGCUGCACUAGAAAAGUUGCAAACUGAAAGUGCUCGUCGUACUUAACUCGAGAGGGAAAAGAGCAGGUGCCGGAGAAGUGGUGAAAAUUCAAUGCCAAAACGCCAUGGGUGUCAAGAAAAGCGGGCUAGGACCGCAAGCGUGAUUGGGUGUAUUUCUCCGGAAACGAUGAAAACUCUUGAUGUUUUGAGAAGGAGGAAGUACAAGUUCAUUCGCAAUUGAUAAAAUACUCAACUUUUGUAUUUCAGACAGGACGCUUGCUUAAGAUGCUACUUGUUGGUUACCGAUGUCGACCUUUGGGGCCUUUCUGCUAGGUCCGAUGUCGACCUUGAUGCUGGUUUUGCAACGAAGAGAAUCAAUAAAUAGGGUUGAUGUCUUCAGAUGAUUUUCUAACGAAAUAGAUGGCUUUGACUUUGUCGUGAUUCCCUCUUCUUGUGGUUCUCUUGACUUUGUGGUUCUCUUUUCUUUGGGAAUCACCGCAAUCAGUACUUGAUAAUAUGGGGUCCACCUACUUACAACAACUCCAACGAAAAACAAAAAUGUUCGUGUUUUCCCCGAAGAAAUAAUGGCCAAGUAGUGUUUUUCGCGACGUUGCCUUCAACUUCAUUGGCUGACUAACCACAACCUAGUGAUGGGAAGAAGCGCGAUGUUGUCAAAAACUGAAAGACAUAACAUCAAUG